AUGACCUAUGUUAGUCUGCCACCACCGCCUGACUUGCUGUCGAUGGCUAAUGCCCCGACAUCCCCUACUCCAAGAACAUCAGCAGAGCCCCCAGACUCGAUUGUUGAUACGGUGCAUGUUCGUUCCAUUUGGGAUACUGCUGAUGGUAAAGUCUCGUUAUACUUAGGUCAAGCAAAUUCUCUCCUCGCUGAAGCACGGAAAUUGACAGAUAGUACGCGUCACUACCAUGCUAUUCAUCUUGCUUUGAAGAUGUUGACGCUUGCACUCAGACAUUGCACAAGCACCCCACAAAAGUUUGACAUCAUCAUCUCGAUUUUUGCGAUUUACAUUGAUGAUCUUGGCGAUAAUAUAAUGGCUGAGGAAUAUGCCAAUAAAGCUAUUGAACUUGUGAAUGACUCAGAUCGACCAGUGGUUGACUUUAACUUGGCUCGUGUUAUUUCACUUGUAUCGUCAAAUACCUUUGCCAUAAAUCAUAUAUCAAAGCAUACGUCAGGGUCAUUAACGGAGCUUUUGCGCAUUAGGUUGUUACUAGCUCUGCCGGCAUCUACAGAAACUGCAAAAAUAAGACUUGACAAGUUGAUUGCCUCAAACCACAGCAUGUCAUCCGAAUUCCUCGCGUACCUAUACGCGAUCAAAUCCGUUAUACUAUUGAAAACAGCAACUCCGACACAAGUCCUUGACCUAGAGUAUCCGCCUGUUGAAGCGCCUCAGUUAAUAGCCAUCAAAUAUUUGAUGAAACUUUUGGCGGCGGUGCGGGUCCCACUGAUUGACAAAAUACGGCACUAUAUCAAGAAAUUAAACCAUUUUAUUGGAUUUCAUCAACUGGGUGGUUGGAAUCGAUGGGAUAUGACAGGCGUAUUUGACUUGGAGCUACUCCAUGGUGCUGCCUUGAAAGUCGAAUGGCUUACCCCCUCGGAAUUGAUCAUCGUGUUUUACAUCAUUUCUGGAAUAGGGUACAUCACCAUGAAUGAAACCGGUAAACUGAUGAAAUCUUUCGAGAAAGCCAGGACUGUUGUGGAGAAGUCUUUGGUCAGACUCACCGAAGGUGAUGAACAAGCUCAUGGAUGUCAAAGUGAUAGUUUGCGGAGAAAAAUGACACACUAUAAAAUCUCAAUUAUUUUUUAUCAAGCGUGGUACAAUUUUAACCGAAACAAUUAUGAACUUGGUGAGUUAUCUGAUUUAUUAGAUCACUACAAUCAGAGAAAAUGUUCCUCCUUCGAAACUGAAGCCGUCGAGCAUUUGAGGCCACAAAUCUUAUAUUUGUUUGGGAUUUAUCAUAUGGCGAAACGACAAUACUCAAAGGCAGAGUCAUUUUUCGAAUUGAUAACUGAUAUGGAUGACGUAUUAGCCUUUGCUUCGUUACAACUUCUUAUUCUUGCAAAACAAUCGCAAGACGAAGGUCAGAAGAAACUCGAGUUUAUCAAAAUCCAAGAAUAUCUCAGCAACAUUCAUACAUCACGUUAUAACGGCACCACUAUGUUUGGCUUUUCUUACGAAGUUGUGAAGACCAUAUUUGCUGACAGUUUCAAUACAGAGUGUUUGGAGGUGGCCAUGAUGAACGACGCUGUAAAAGCAUUUCCAAUACUUCAUAAAAUUAUAGCGUUGUUGGUAAGCGAGCAAUCUAUGAACCCACAAUUGAAGCAACAGGCUUUGAUAUAUUUGCAAGAUUCAACUAUUUCAAAGGCCUCUGGCGAUGAGACUGAAACGAGAAUCAACGCUUUAAUUCUCGAAGUGCUAUUAAAUCAUUUCAAAGAAACCGGAGAUCAAGAUAAGUUUAAUUUAGCUGAAUUGCAGUUGAAGUAUUACAAGCGAGUGUUGAAUGAAUGA